GUUUCACGUAUUGAUCGCAAUUCGGCUACGUUGCUUCUAAUGUUGUAUUACAAUAUCAGUUAACCCAUUAAAACGGCCGAGCAAUUGUAUAUCGCCUAAUAAUUCACUAACUGCUAUAACAAGCACGCUUUUACUAACAUUUCAGGAACACGGGGCUUGGCCGAGUCUCGUAACGAUUCAUUCGACGACCUGGAUUUCAUAUUCGACAAUCGCGGCCGUCCCGUGCACGGGGAGAACUUUGAAGAUGACUUUGUCAGCACUCAUAGACGAUUCAAGGAACGAGCAGCCGCCGCAUUUGACUCUGACUUAGCAGAGCUUAGACGCAAGCGUAAAGAUAUGCAGGACAGAAUGUUCGACAUGGUCGACAUCAACGAUGAAAUCGAACGUGCCAAGUCGACUCUAGAGGCAGCUGAUUUCGCUUUCCAGCGCCACGCAACGAAGUUUGACAACAACGAAUUUUUCGAGGACGCAACGUCGGUUAACAAGACGAACAGGCACAGGAAACUGCAGGAUAUUGAAGUCGACGAGAGGCCAAGACCUAAGGCUGCAUUUAAGGAGGAAGACCCGACUCAACUGAAAUCCAUCACAGCUAGGAAAGCUCGAAUCAAUUCGCUCAUAGCUGAGAACACGAACGCGGAUUAUUUCCCCUAUGGAGGUACCGAGAUUAAAACUAAACCAAAAUCGGCCUUCAAAAGUGACAAGAGAAAGAAGACCGUCUCAUUUUAGGAGCGAAUGCAUCUCCUCGGACACUUGAUAAAAUUCGAAAAUUCAGCCAUGUUUAUAUAACGGAAUUAAGCGCAGCACUUUGCAUUGUACCUAUAUGUAUACCUACUUGUUGCUGGCAAUGACUGAAUCUUACAUUAUAUUCUGACCGGACUGUGACUAAAAAUUCAUUGUUCAUCCCCAUUCAAGGUCUAUCUAUUCGUGCAGCGACACCCUCACCCACUUUCAUUAAAUACUUCCGAUUUUCUACUGCGCAAUUUCAAGUGCAUCGCUAUACUAUGCAUCUGCUAUUUCUAUACCAUCUUACAGUCGGCAUUGAUGCUAGGAAUUGAUGCCAGCUGCGCGUUAUGUUCUUAUAUCGAAAUUCGGUAC